AUGAAGGUGUUCAAUCGAACUGGCGACUAUUCGAAUAGUAACAAAGGUACAACAGUUACCGAAUACCCGAGAUAUUAUCCAAAUAGUCUUUUCAGUAUCUCUGCAUUAGAGCUAACUAAACUGCUGUUCCAGGUUUGGGAGGUCUUCUGGACUAAAUUUCCAUCAAAAGAAGAGGAAUGGCUCAAAGUGGCAGAAGGAUUUAACAAUAUGUGGCAAUUUGAAAAUUGCUUAGGAGCCGUAGACAGACGGCAAACACAUAGCUAUCAAACAGCCCCCAGGAAGUGGUUCAUCCUAUUAUAA